UAUGUACACAAAAAAAAAAUGAAUCCACAAGAAUUCAAGUUAUUUUUCCAAGAAAUGCAAAACCAACGUGCGAAAGACACGGAAGCAAUGCGUGAACUUUUCAAGGAGUGUUUGCAAAUGAAAAUGCAUACUGAAGCAGUUCCGAAAACAGAAAAUCCGGAGCAAACAAUGGAGAUUUUAGCAUCGAGUCUAACGGAAUUUGUUUAUGAUCCAGAAAAUAACUUAACAUUUGAAACGUGGUAUACGAGGUAUGAAGAUUUGUUCUUAGUAGAUGGUAGCAAACUUGAUGACGCAGCGAAGGUCAGGCUUCUAUUAAGGAAACUCAGUACAACUGUGCAUAAUAAAUAUAUGGACUUUAUUUUGCCUAAGCAUCCACGUGAAUAUAAUUUCACUACAACAGUGGAGAAAUUAAAACAACUGUUUGGACUCCAAAAGUCACAAUUCAGCUUACGCUAUAGCUGCUUACAGUUAACCAAAUCACCAGAUACCGACUAUACUACGUACGCAGCCGAGGUUAAUAAACAAUGUGAAAAUUUUAAAUUAAAUAGCCUGUCACUGGACCAGUUCAAAUGUUUAAUGUUCGUAUUGGGGCUGAAAUCGGAAGCAGACUUCGAAAUAAGAACCCGAAUAUUGACCAAACUGGACACAGAAGCUGAUACCAUCAACUUGGAAAAACUUACAAACGAGUGUCAGCGUAUUAUUAAUUUAAAAUCCGACACAGCGCUGGUAGAAAAUAAAUCACGCGAAAAUCAGGUGAAUCGAGUACAAGCAAAUAAGCUUAAGAACAAUCACAAACCGAAAACACCAUGCUGGUUUUGUGGAGCAAUGCAUUAUGUGCGUGACUGCCCAUACAAAAAUUAUAAAUGCGAAGACUGUCACAACAUAGGCCAUAAAAAAGGUUCUUGCAAAGCGAAAAAUUUAUCAAAAUCAAAAUGCAAUAGCAACAACAAAAAUAAUAGCAAUGGUAAAGCAAAAACAUUUUCACAGCCACGAUCCAACAGUAUAUACACAACGAACAGCAUCACAGCUUCACAGCGUAAAUAUGUCCACGUUAAAAUCAACAAUGUGCGAAUCAAAUUGCAAUUUGAUACUGCAUCGGACAUAACUAUCAUUUCAAAAUUUAAUUUCGACAAAUUAAAUAUUUUAAAUACAAUGGAAGUACAACCAGAAUCUGCUAAAAGUGCAACUGGAAACUUACCAUUGUACGCAAAAUUUACAUGUGAUGUGCAGUUAAAAGACACAAUUAGAACACUUACGUACUUCGUUACAACGAUCGAUUUGAACGUAUUCGGAUUGGACUGGAUAACUGCUUUUCAACUUAGCGAUAUGACGCUUAAUGCUAUUUGCAGCCAAAUUUCAACAACAAAACAGGCAAGUAAUGUUUCAAUAAAGUCGUCAAAUUGCAAAUUUCUUCCGGAAAAAUUAUUUCCAGAACUUUUCGAUAAUGCUAUGGGUCUUUGUAAUAAAACUAAGGCACAUUUAAUUAUUAAACCAAACUGUCAACCUGUUUUUCGACCUAAGCGCCCGGUAGCAUACGCAGUUCAACAUUUGGUUGAAGAAGAAAUCAAGCGACUUCAAGAUCUCGACAUUAUUGCACCCAUCAAUUACUCUGACUGGGCCGCACCAAUCGUAGUUAUCAAAAAGCCAAAUGGUAGCAUUCGUAUUUGCGCUGAUUUCUCAACUGGUCUUAACGACGCGCUUGAAUCUUACAAGUAUCCACUACCGCUUCCAGAGGAUAUUUUUGCAAAAAUUAGCAAUGCAACAGUAUUUAGUCAUAUAGACCUUUCGGACGCUUUUCUCCAAAUCGAAGUUGAUAGCAAAUCGCAAGAACUUCUCACAAUAAACACGCAUCUAGGUUUAUUCAAAUACAAGCGUAUGGUUUUUGGCGUAAAAACUUUUCCGGCAAUUUUCCAACAAAUUAUGGAUAAAAUGCUUGCGGGCUUACAUUGCGCAGCUGCUUACAUUGACGAUAUCUUUGUCUCAGGUAGAAACCAACAAGAGCAUGACAACAACUUACAUGAAGUUCUACAACGUAUUUAUCAAUACGGGUUUAAACUCAAGAUCGCAAAAUGCAAUUUUUCAGUUCCUGAAAUUGCUUACUUGGGAUAUAUUGUCAGUAAAGACGGCAUUCGCCCAGAUCCAAAAAACAUUGAAGCAAUCAAGACAAUGCCUGCGCCAACCAAUCAAUCCGAACUUAGAUCACUCUUAGGUGCUAUCAAUUUUUAUGGAAAAUUCAUAAAUCACAUGCGCAAAUACCGAGGACCAUUAGACGAACUACUUCAAAACAACAAGCAGUGGCAAUGGACGGAACUUCAUCAACGCUGUUUGGAUGGUUUCAAGCAAAUUUUGUCAUCAGAGUUAUUAUUAGCGCAUUACGAUCCACUGAAAAACAUAGUAGUCGCUGCAGAUGCAUCUAACUAUGGGCUCGGAUCAAGACAAUGCCUGCGCCAACCAAUCAAUCCGAACUUAGAUCACUCUUAGGUGCUAUCAAUUUUUAUGGAAAAUUCAUAAAUCACAUGCGCAAAUACCGAGGACCAUUAGACGAACUACUUCAAAACAACAAGCAGUGGCAAUGG